CUAACAGGAGUCAUCAGGACAGCCCUGCAUAACAUGGACAGGGAAGCCAGAGAGCAUUACUCGGUUGUCAUUCAAGCCAAAGAUAUGGCUGGACAAGUCGGAGGAUUGUCAGGAUCGACCACCGUCAAUAUAACGCUCACCGAUGUCAACGACAACCCCCCCAGGUUCCCUCAGAAACAUUAUCAGUUGUAUGUUCCUGAGUCGGCACAAGUUGGCUCGGCAGUGGGCAAAAUCAAGGCCAACGACGCAGACGCUGGGUCGAAUGCAGAUAUGAAAUACACAAUUAUAAAUGGGGAUGGCUCUGGAGUCUUUGCCAUAUCAACUGACAAGGAAACACGAGAAGGCAUUAUCUCCCUGAAGAAGCCACUCAACUAUGAAAAAAAGAAAUCCUAUACUCUUAAUAUAGAAGGAGCAAAUACCCACCUCGAUUUCCGCUUCUCACACUUAGGACCUUUUAAAGAUGUAACUAUGUUGAAGAUUAGUGUUGGCGAUGUGGAUGAGCCACCAGUGUUCACUUUGCCUUCCUAUGUCAUGGACGUUUAUGAGAAUGCCAAGAUUGGGACCAUUGUGGGCACCGUAACAGCACAAGAUCCAGACAGUACUAACAACAUAGUAAGAUAUUUGAUUGAUCACCAUACAGAAGAAGAUACGUAUUUCACCAUUGAAGCCAACACUGGAACCCUUAAGACCGCCAAGGUUUUUGACAGGGAAGAAAUCUCUUGGUACAAUAUCACAGUCACCGCUUCUGAAAUUGACAGUCCCGGACUACUGAGCCAUGUCCCUGUUGGAAUUAAAAUCCUCGACGUCAAUGACAACCCUCCAGAACUUGCUGGAAACUAUGAUGUGGUUGUAUGUGAGACUGCAAAGCCUGGGCAGAUUAUUCAGACUAUCAGUGCCACCGACAAAGAUGACUUUACCAACGGACAAAGGUUCCGGUUUUCUCUGGACAACAGUCUUUCUUUAAAUCCCAACUUUACGCUGAAGGACAAUGAAGAUAACACAGCCAGUAUUGUGACCCGAAGAAGGCGAUUUAGUCGGACGAUCCAGGAUGCAUAUUACCUCCCUGUUGUGAUCUCUGAUGGGGGGAUCCCUUCUCUCAGCAGCAGUGCCACCCUAGUGAUCCGCGUGUGUGCAUGUGAAAGAGACGGGCGUGUGCGAACCUGCAGUGCUGAAGCAUUCCUUUCCUCUGCAGGACUAAGUACGGGAGCCUUAAUUGCCAUCCUGCUGUGUGUCGUCAUUCUGCUGGCAAUAGUGGUCCUUUUCAUUACACUAAGACGCAGCAAAAAGGAGCCUCUGAUAAUCUCAGAAGAGGAUGUCCGGGAAAAUGUUGUCACCUACGAUGACGAAGGUGGGGGCGAGGAGGACACCGAAGCUUUUGACAUCACUGCUCUUCGGAACCCGUCAGCAGCUGAAGAACUGAAGUAUCGGAGGGAUGUUCGGCCUGAAGUGAAGCCCACACCCAAACAUCCCACUUCAUCAAGCCUUGAUAGCAUAGAUGUUCAGGAAAUUAUUCGACAAAGACUGGCUGAAGCAGACUUAGACCCUAGCGUACCACCAUAUGAUUCUCUACAGACAUACGCAUAUGAGGGUCAAAGGUCAGAAGUGGGAUCUGUCAGUUCUUUGGAUUCAGCUACCACACAUUCUGACCAGGAUUAUAAUUACCUUGGUGACUGGGGACCAGAGUUUAAGAAGCUAGCUGAAAUUUAUGGAGAAAUAGAAUCUGAAAGAACAACUUAAUUAAUUCUUCCCCAACCAAGGAACAUUUUAGUUUCCCCAAGCAAUUUGGAGGCAUAAUGACAACAGAGAUUUUAAAAAAGAGAGGAGAUAUAUAUAUAUAUGAAUACAGUACUUGGAACAAACAGAGCAGAUGUGCACAUUUACUGUAGAAACAAGUGCCCUUUUCGCAUUUGAAACUGGGUUCUUCAAUUGGAAGAAAGUCAAAUUUGGGGGGAAAUAUACCCCAGAAAGAAGAUUGUCCCUUUGUGUAUAUUUUUAAUUGCUCAAUAAAGUCUGUGGUGCAGUAUCAGUAAAGAUACCUUAAGUAAACCAAACAAUGGCCAAUAUUAUUGCAGUAUCCCCUAAACAAACCAGAGCUACAGUGAGUUUCUAGGGAUGCCUGCUCACAAGAAGGACUCGGGAUGAUUGGAAUGGUUGUGGCACUGUGUGUCUUGCUCUGUUUAUAGGCUUAAGGUAACCAUCAGGAGGAUAAUUUACUUCGGUUUCACUAAACCUCAGAAAUCCAAUUUUCUUUUCCAGGAAUGUGCAUUGGAAUUAUUUUAUAAAUGCCAUAUUGGUGUCUGCCCUUACUAACAUGCAGCUGAAUUGUACUUAAACACUUGACUCUCUUGUGGAAUGUAACAUUUCACUAGGCCAAACCUAAAUCUUUCCAUCCACGAAGGAGGUAAUGAAGCACGAGUUACUUGGUAGUUUAUUGGAGCAGGCUUAUGAUCACCCCCCACCUUGAAUUUGUAUUGAUUGGCACUGAGACUGCUGCUUCUGUUUUACAGUAACCAUAUUGGGUACAGUUUUUUAACAAAAAAAGGGGAUUGUUUUGUUCUGCUCUGCAGCAAAGUAGAAGAUGAAUGAAGUUGGUUUAAAAAGUCCUUGUUCUGUUAUGCAUUCAGCUAUGCAAAAGCUUGGAUUGACUGGUCUUCCUUGGGACUGGUGAAUGUAGAUAAGAUGGAGCCGGUGACAGACCACUCUGAAUCCCAAAAUAAAACAGUCACAUGA